AUGAGCCAAAUUCUAUUCGAACACGAACAAUUGUGUACGGGAAAACCUUUGCGAGAUAUGAAAUUUGAAAGCCAAGAUGGCAAAUUGCUCUGUCCCGUGUGCGGAAAAAGCUUCGCGAAAGCCAGCUAUGUUCUCUCUCAUAUAAAACAGAUUCACCUACGACUGGAGAUGAUCCAAUGUAAAGACUGCGACAAAUGUUUCACUACAAAUGCGUCAUUGAGGAUGCACAAUGAAACAUUUCACUCGGGCUCGAAAAUGAAAGGCUUACCUUGCGACAUGUGCGACAAAUUUUUUCCGAAAAAAUACUCACUAGAAAGGCACAAAGCUUUAGCUCACAUUAGGAAAUUUGACAUAUUUUGCCAAAUAUGCCAAAAAGGCUUUUACUCAGUAGCAGAAUUGAAAAGGCAUUUGCAAUUCAAGCAUGAUGAAAGCUCUGUAAUGUACCCGUGCACCGAAGCAGGAUGCGCUUCAAGCUUCAAACGUAAACAGAGCUUAAGGUACCACGUGGAAACCAAACAUAGCAAAGUGGACGACAAACCUGAAAUGGUUUGUUACAAGUGCGGCAAAGUUUACACUCAUCGUAAAACUUUACAAAAACACUUGGUCGAUCAUGGAAGAUUGAAAAGGAUUAACCUUUGCUGUAAAAAAUGCGAACUAGAUUUCAACAUACCUGAAAUCUUAAUGGAGCACGAACAAUCGUGUACAGGUACAAACUUGCUGCACCUAAAAAUCGAACACCAAGACGGAAAAUUCUUUUGUCCGGGAUGCGGCAAAUCCUUUCCGACAAAACGCUACGUCAGAAAUCACAUACGGCUUGUGCACUUGAAGCACCAGAUGAUCAAAUGCCAGGAAUGUCCUCACGUUUCUUCGGCGCCUUGGAUGAUGAAAAACCACGUCAAAAGGAUGCAUCGGGGUUUUAGGACGAAUUUCGUUUGCGAUUUGUGCGAAAAAGUAUUUCAGAGCAACUGUUACUUGGAAAAACACAAAUUAGUGGUGCAUCUUAAGAAGUUUAAGGUAUUUUGCGAUGUUUGUCAGAAAGGCUUCGUCAAUGAUAAAGACCUUGGCAAGCAUUUUCAAGCAGUUCACGAUCCAAAUUUCGAAAUUUUCCCAUGUCCGCAGGAAGGUUGCGGUAAAAUAUUCAAAUCAAAAUAUGACUUUACUUAUCAUUUGGAAACCAAACAUAUACGGGACGAAGACAAGCAGGAUUUGAUUUGUUGCCAGUGCAGCAAGUCUUAUGACAAUCCCAGGUCCUUAAAAACCCACUUAAACAAACACAAAAAAUGCAAGACAUUCCCUUGUGAGAUUUGUAGUAAAAUUUUGACGACGAAUAGCAGUUUGAGGAGGCAUUUGCGGACGCAUACGGGAGAAAGACCGUACGUGUGCGACUACUGCGGACAAAGCUUUAGGAUUUUGAAAGUUCUCAAAAGUCAUAUUUUGACUCAUACUAAAGAAAAACCGUUUUCUUGUAAGGUGUGCGAUAGCAAGUUCACGCAACGGAGUCCGUUGACUCGACAUGUUCACCUAAUUAUUAUUAAACCAACAACUACCAAUAUUUCUAGGCUAAAAUAUGACAAAAUAAAAGUAGUAUCCGUCCGUGAUCUACUAAAAUCUGUCAAGCCUCAAACCAACAACAAACACUUUUGUCCAGUGUGCAAUGAACUUAUGGCAGAUAGAACUCAAUUAACUCAACAUCUAAAGCGCAUGCACAGCUUCAAUCCAGGUCCCAAAAUCGAAUGUCCGCAAUGUCAGAAACUCCUCAGCUCCAAAACCGAUCUGCAACAACACAUCAAACGAAUACACGAAGGCCUAGCGCCCACAAACCACUGCGACAUUUGCGGCAAACUCUUGAAAAGCUCCUUGAACUAUCACAAACGCAUAGUGCACACGAAACAGUUCAAUUUCUGGUGCGAAUAUUGCGGCAAAGGAUUUGUGAAUCAGAGUUUGUUCAGGAACCACCAGAAGAAUGUACACGAGCAGUCGUUUACUUGUCCCGAGGCGGGAUGCGGCAAAGUUUUCAAGUCGAUGACUUCGAUUAACCAUAUAAAAUCUGAAUUAGAUUCACUGUGGGAGAAUGAAUAUUCAAAUGUUCUAGAAGCACCAUGGAUAAUGAACUCAGGAAUAUCACGCAGAUACCCGAACAAACCACAAACCCAAUUGAAUUUAAUGGUAUCCCAAAGUAAACUCAAUCCAGACCUAUACAUAUGCCAAUUAUGUCAAAAGAAUUUCCAUCAAAGUGCCCAUUUGCAUCGGCAUUUGAAAUUCGUGCACGGAAUCAACCGAGGGCCAAGAUUACCUUGUCCCGAGUGCAACAAAACUUUCAUGUCCAAGGAAUCUUUGCAAAGGCACAACAAUACGCUGCACAAAAAUCUAUGGUCGACAGUUCAGUGCGACAUUUGCGGUAAAAUACUCAAAGGACAUUUGGAUUCUCAUAUAAAAUAUGCGCACACGAAGGAGUUUCAUUUCUAUUGCGAAAGUUGCGGCAAAGGAUUCGUGAACGGGGGCCAAUUGAAGUACCACAAAAUUACACAACACGAAAAGCAAUGUCGUUUGUUAAAGUGUCCCGAAGAGGGUUGCGGAAAGAUGUUCAAAGGAGCACCCGGACUUCAAUAUCAUCAAAAAGCAGCGCAUACGGAAAAAAACGCAAAUAUUGUUUGUUCUGAAUGUGGCAAGUCUUAUAAGCAUAUCAUGAUGUACAAAAUACAUAAGAGGAAGCAUAAAGACCAUAAAACUUAUCCGUGUAAGAUUUGCGAUAAAGUGCUGACUGCUAGGAGUAGUUGGCUGGAUCAUACACGAAUGCAUUCGGGAGAAAAACCGUUCCAGUGCCAGCAAUGUGAGAAACAAUUCUCGUCCAUUAAGUAUUUGAAAGUUCACAGUGUCGUACAUACAAAAGAAAGGCCAUAUAAGUGUAAUGAUUGUGACAAAUCUUUUACUCAAAGAGGAACAUUGACUUUACAUAGGAAGAAAUUUCAUUCGCUUGAUCAAAAUUAA